AUGGUCGUUCGAACCACAAUUUCCCUACCUAUUAUCACCUUACCACCCACGGGAACCGUUUCUAGCAUAGAGUUGAGUACAAGCACGGGAAGUAACGUCCCAACAAGCACAUUACCAAGUAACAAUAGAAGUGAUAUCCCUUCAAGUACCAGCAGUAGCAACAGAGAUAAUACCUCCUCAAGUGACAAUUCCGGAGAUGCCCUAAAUACAUUAAAUGAUUCUGGCAAUAUCAGCAGCAUUCAAAGUAGUAGCACUGCUACCAUUGCUACCAUUACUCCUUUGAUCGGUGACCCCAAUACAGAGAUUGUCAACUCCGCUACAGUGAUUGAUAGCUCCGCUACAUAUAGGCGGCGCAAACGUUUACUGGGUGAAGGGAGUAACGAGGGUUUCAUGCGGGAAGUUGGCAUGAGUGAGGGUAACGGCAGUGAUAAAUCAUCGUUAAAUAGCGAAAAUCUUGGAGAUGAAUUUAAUUACGGUAAUGGUCAAAGUUUUUUUGGUGGUGCCCUUGAUAAUUCCAUAGGAUUUUCAGCUGCUAGCGGCUAUAACCAAGGCGACAUUGCAGAUGCUCAUGGCGUUAAUCUCACCACAGAUGAUCCAUUCGCUGACACCGCGUCCGCGUAUAUAGAGGAUACAUCUUUAUUUAGAAAUGCAUCGUCAGAUGUUAUAAAAGACGUCAGAGCUCGUAAACUUCCCAAAAUAAAAACCCAUAAUCUUGCGGGAAUGUUUGCAAAUGAUAAUGAAUUCCCAGAAAUUCAAAGUACUGAGUCAUUUAAUUUUCAUGGUGCCCCCUUUCAAAACAAUGAACAUUCUCAUGAAGUGGAACCACGGCCAAUGCUAAGACCUACACUGUCACGAACUCCAACUGUGGUCUCGGCAUUCAGUGAAUUGAUCGAGCCAUUCCUUCCAUCGCAACCACCUGUAUCACCUUCAAGUGAUAGCAGUAUUAAAGAUAUUAGAAAUGUGAUUAUGAGCGCGUCAGGUAAUUUGGGCAGUACUACAGGUGGUACAGAAUAUUCCCCGAGAUCCCCAUUAUCCAAUAUCGAUAGUGAUGAAUUACCGGUGAGCGAGAAAGAUGAUGAGACGGGGAGUAAAUGGUUAGCAGAAGAGCUAUCAACGGCGCUGACGAUCUCAUCGGCUAUUGAGUCAACGGCAUUGCCUAUACUUUCUACGUUUGAUAACGGUGUCUUUGAAGAGUCAGAACCUCGCGGCGACCUCAAUGCUACGGGACGGUCACAUGAUAACACAGAGGAAUUGCACGAUGAUAUCGAACAAUCACGCGCUGAUAUUGUAGACAGACUGUACGAUAAUAGAUCUUCCAAUUACACAAAUAUCCCAGAACCAUAA